UGUGUGUUGUGUGUGUGUGUGUAAACAGGGCGAGGCUCUGCACGAUUUAAAACUCUCCGUGUGUUUCCCCAGAGAGUCAGUGUGUGUCUGCAGCUCUCUCUCUCUCUCAGGUAAACUCAGAUCCCAGACCGGCAGCAUGAACCUGGAAGACGCUCUUGGUGAAGGGUGGCCCUCUGCUGCCCCCAACACCCAAGCAGGUCCCUGGCCUGGACAACCUGCCGAUCCCACCUGGCCAGGUCAGCCUGCUGCUAACCCUGCCUGGCCUGGAGGACCUGGAGGUCAACCACCUGCCAACCCUGCCUGGCCUGCAGGACCUGGAGGUCAACCAUCUGCUAACCCUGCCUGGCCCGGUGGACCUGGAGGUCAACCACCUGCCAACCCUGCCUGGCCUGCAGGACCUGGAGGUCAACCACCUGCCAACCCUGCCUGGCCUGCAGGACCUGGAGGUCAACCACCUGCUAACCCCAGCUGGCCCGGUGGACCUGGCGGUCAACCACCUGCUAACCCUGCCUGGCCCGGUGGACCUGGAGGUCAACCACCUGCCAACCCUGCCUGGCCCGGUGGACCUGGAGGUCAACCACCUGCUAACCCCAGCUGGCCCGGUCCUGGAGGACCUGGACCUGGACCUGUCCCUGCUGUUGCCCCCCAACAAAGUCUGGCGGUCCCUUACAAACAAAUUCUUCCCAAUGGAGUUUAUGACAAACUGCUCAUCACCAUCGCUGGGAUCGUGAACCCCAACGCUGAAAAGAUCACAGUGGACAUGUUCGCAGGUCAGGACCUGGCCUUCCACUUUAACCCUCGCUUCAAUGAGGGCGGCAAGAAGGUGAUCGUCAGGAACAGCUGCAUCGCCACCAAGUGGGGCAAAGAGGAGCGAGAUCUGCAGAACUUCCCCUUCGUCCAGGGACAGCCAUUCGAGAUGAAGAUCUUGUGCACCAACAAAGAGUUUAAGGUGGCCGUCAACAACACUCACGUGCUGGCGUUCCAACACCGCGUCACCAACCUUAAAUCCAUCAACUCGCUCAACAUCUACUGCGACCUCAAACUGACCAACGUCAACAUGGAGACUUUGCCCUAAGGAAAAUCUACCGCAGAUCUACUGGGGAUCCACCACAGAUUUACUGAAGAUUACCCAAAGACUGUAAAUCUGCUGUGGAUCCCCAACAAAUCUCUGGUGGAUCCCCAGUAGAUCUUUUGUGGAUCCCCAAUAAAUCUUUGGUGGAUCCCCAGUAGAUCUUUGGUGGAUCCCCAACACAUCUCUGGUGGAUCCCCAGUAGAUCUUUGGUGGAUCCCCAACACAUCUCUGGUGGAUCCCCAGUAGAUAUCUGGUGGAUCCUCCAAUCAACAGGAGAUCCUCUAAAAUAUAUCUUUAAUAGAUCUGUAGAUGAUUCUUGGAAAUGUUAGCAUAUCAAAUGUUCUUUUAAAUGUGAAACAUCCACAGAAAGUCCUCAGUGGACCUUGUUGUACUAGUUGUUUUUGACUCAUAAAUAAAGGGUUAAUCUUCA